AUGUUCAGUGUGUUGGGUUUUAUCAAUGAUCAUUUUAAAGUAAAUUAUACAUAUAACUUUUUAUUUCGAUUUGAAAAAGAAUAUCCUUCUGAGUUCGAUUUUAUAAACCAAAGUACUCAUCCUCUUUAUUCUAACAUAUCUGCUAAUGUAAGUGUUGAAGCUGUCUCUCCAGAUUGUGGUACCAAUCUUACACUAAUUGGCGCUUUAAAUGGAAUAGCUUUAUCUAGCAGCAACAAAACUCUUAUUGAUGGAAGUAUUAAUCAUGGAUAUUGGUAUUUUGCAAUUGGCGCAAAUACAUAUUAUAAAGUCAGCGGAACUAUUACUGGACCAAUUUGCAAAGUUGAUAAAGGUGUAACAAGUGUUGACCUAUGGCUCCAAUACACUGAUGACAUCAUUUUCCAAAUGCUUCCAAAUUUAGAAAUACCUUCAGUCCCAAAAUGUAAUAGCUAUCAUUUACUCUCUAAUUUGCAUGUAUUUAUUCUUAUGCUUUUGGAAUAA